CCGGCCGCCCGCCCGCCGUGAGGGAGUGCAGGCGGGCCGGGGCCAUGGCCGACGGCAACGCCGACUGGAUGGGCUCGCUGCCGCCCGCGCUGCGCUCCCUGCCGCUCUCCAACCUCGCCAUCCCGGGGUCACAUGAUUCUUUCAGCUACUGGGUUGAUGAGAAAUCUCCUGUGGGACCAGACCAAGCAAAAGCCAUCAAACGUUUGGCCAGAAUUUCCUUGGUUAGAAAGAUCAUGAAGAAAUGGUCAGUGACUCAAAAUUUGACUUUCAAAGAGCAGUUGGAAGGUGGGAUCCGCUACUUCGAUCUUCGUGUAUCUUCCAAACCUGGGGAAAUAGGACAAGAGAUUUACUUCAUACAUGGCUUGUUUGGCAUCAAAGUAUGGGAUGGGCUGAAGGAGAUGAACAGUUUUCUUGAGCAGCACCCCAAGGAAGUAAUCUUCUUGGAUUUCAAUCAUUUCUAUGCCAUGGAUGACAGCCAUCACCGCUUCUUGAUCAACAGGAUCCACUCAGCAUUUGAAUCCAAACUUUGUUGUGUUGAAUGUGUAGAAUAUGUGACAUUACUGUACAUGUGGGAGAAGAAACACCAGGUUCUUAUAUUUUACCACCACCCUUUGUAUCAGGAAUAUCCCUUCCUGUGGCCAGGUAAUAAAAUGCCAGCACCAUGGGCUAAUACAACUAAUGUGCACAAACUGCUACAGUUCCUGGAGACCACACUUGGGGAACGAAGUCGUUACGGGACUUUCCACGUAUCUCAAGCAAUUCUCACACCUCGAGUGAAAACAAUUGCAUGGCAUCUAAUUCGUGGUCUGAAGAACACCCUUGUUCUUAGUUACAGUGAUGUGUAGCAGGAUGUUCAACCCCUAUGGAGGUUCAUUCUAGGUUUGGAUUCCCUGACCCCAUUGCUCUGAGUGGGUCUGGAGGCUGGAGAGAGUUUGGGAGAAAUGCAGUGUGCUGCCUCCAACAACUUUUUUCCUGCCCACCCUGAGGCAGAGAAGGGCAAGGAAGCAUCUUGGGCCAGGUAUAACCUU